CACGGCUAUCACCCUGCCUCCGCUCCCGGCGUGCUGCCAUGUCUAUUCAGUACUCGGGCGAGGAGCAGCUGCCCAGCAGUUAUGGGGUGGCCGACUCCUUCCCUAAAGACUUCGGCUACGGGGCUGACGAGCCAGAAAUGGAUGAGAGUUCGGCCUCCCCGGAUAGCAAACCUCGGAUCCUUCUCAUGGGCAUGCGGCGGAGCGGCAAGUCCUCCAUCCAGAAGGUGGUUUUUCACAAGAUGUCUCCAAAUGAGACCUUAUUCCUGGAAAGUACCAACAAGAUCUACAAGGAUGAUAUCUCCAACAGCUCCUUUGUAAAUUUUCAGAUCUGGGACUUCCCAGGACAGGUGGACUUUUUUGACUCUACCUUUGACUAUGAAAUGAUUUUCAGAGGAACGGGAGCAUUAAUAUAUGUGAUUGAUGCCCAGGAUGAUUACAUGGAAUCCUUAACAAGACUGCAUGCCACAGUUUCUAAGGCCUACAAAGCAAAUCCUGACAUGAACUUUGAAGUUUUUAUUCACAAAGUAGAUGGCUUAUCAGAUGACCACAAGAUAGAAACACAGAGGGAUAUCCACCAGAGAGCCAAUGAUGAUCUUGCAGAUGCUGGACUUGAAAAACUUCAUCUUAGCUUUUACCUAACUAGUAUCUAUGAUCACUCAAUAUUUGAAGCAUUUAGUAAAGUUGUGCAGAAACUUAUUCCACAACUGCCAACACUAGAAAACCUGCUGAAUAUAUUUAUAUCGAAUUCUGGUAUUGAGAAGGCUUUUUUGUUUGAUGUGGUCAGUAAAAUCUACAUUGCCACUGACAGCUCUCCUGUAGACAUGCAAUCGUAUGAAUUGUGCUGUGAUAUGAUAGAUGUUGUAAUAGAUGUGUCCUGUAUAUAUAGCUUGCAUGCAGAUUGCAAUGGGAGUGCUUAUGACAAGGAAUCAAUGGCAAUUAUCAAGCUUAACAACACAACAGUUUUAUAUUUAAAAGAAGUUACAAAAUUCCUGUCACUUGUGUGCAUCCUUAGAGAAGAGAGCUUUGAAAGGAAAGGUUUAAUAGACUACAAUUUCCACUGCUUUCGUAAAGCAAUUCAUGAAGUGUUUGAAGUGGGCGCUGCUUCCCACAGGACCUUCAGUCAGCAAUCAAGCAGCCCAAAUCUCAAUGCUGUGACUCAUAAUGGCACACCGGCCAAUGCUGUUUAAUACCUGACCUACUGGCCUUUUUACUAUGGAACUAAUAGCGAGAGCACUCUGCUCGAGGGACAUUGCAAUUCGUUUGUGACCAAGCCAGUCUGAUAUAGUGUUAUGGAAUGACCAUUGUGGAAUUCUAGUCUCUGAUAUAUCUAUACUGUAUAUAAUAAUGGAAUGCUGAACCAGUCAUUUUCAGAUAUUGGCUAUGAAAUUUAAAAUAUUGGACUUUAUAUUUUAAUACAGGUUUGAUUCUUGUAAUAGAGCUGUUUGGCCUUAUAUCUAUAAGAACAUUCUCAGAAUCUAAUGUCCAAUGGACUUGCAUUGUACAGAUAUUUUGAGUAUAUACUAACCCUGGAAAAUGUACACAGUUAUGCUUGUGGUUGUAACACUGUUGGAAGACGCACACUGUUCUAAGAUCUGAAAACAUUCCAGGAGCUGUCACUGUUUUCAUAAAUAGAUCUAUCAUUCACAUUACAUGUUACCGAGAGCAUGGGGCAUCAAGGUCUUCUUCAGACAUUCCUGUAACGAUAGAUGCAUCUGUGAAGUCUGGCGACAGAAAAGCUGUGGGUUUCUGUGGAAUGUCACUUGAGAAAGAGUGCUUUGAUCCAUUGGGUAGUUUGUUCACUGUAAGGUGGUUUACACAGGAAUGCAAUCAAAAAUUGAGUUUUUCAAAGGAUAAAAACCCCCCAAAAAAUAGUAAUUCGAAUGUGCCAUAAGGGUUUGCAUGCCUCAGUGUAAAUCAGUUCUUGUGGUCAUUGUCCUAAAUCUGUUAAUGUUUUUGUUACCUUUUUAUUCUGUGUUUUUUUUGUGUAAUGGUUUCUGUACAUAUCACUGAAAAAUGUAAAACAUUCAUUGUGCAUAAAUCAAGGGUAAGCAUUUGUUUCAGAGCUGCUAAACAACUGCACUGUUCACUGUACCGGUGAAAACUUUUCUUUAAUACACCUUUUCGGGGAUGUGAUUUUCUACCUUUCACCCUUUUAUCUGCAAGUGUCCUCAUAUUUUAAACAGUUCAGGGAUAGAUGUUAAUGCUUUUUAAUCACUUUCGGUAGUUUGAAUUCACUUUAAAACCUUGGGCGCCUGCUCUAUGCUCCCAGUAGUAGUACUGCAGCUCUCCUUUUCAUUUUCCGAAGACUCCCAAAGUUGUCUCACGAGGAAACUUUGGGUGACUUUAGAAAGCUGAAGGGAUCCGACUGCCAUCCCGUUGGCUAUUUAAAUUCUAGCUGGCAGGAAGGCAGUUCGGGGAGAUUAGUCGCCCGAAGAAGAAGCGAUUUUUCGCUGGGCGAACAAUCUCCCAAAAUAGCAGCGUGUGCCCUGGCCCUGGAAGAGUUACACAGAUAUUAACCCUUCUCAUAUUGGAUGUAUUCAUAGUUUUCUUUUCUUUUUUUUGAAGUGUAGACUUGAAGAGAUUUCUAAUGCAUUAUCCAUUGUCUAUAUUUCAUUUACUUUGUUGGCUACAUUUUAAAUCCCCUCCAUUGUCACUUGCCUAGGGCACUCUUGUCACUAUACCACAUUGCUGCGCCUGUUGACAAACCAAAGGCCUUUGUAUUGCUGAGCUCCUCUGGAUCACUUACAUAAGUGCCACUGUAAAAUGUUUUUCAGAAUCUGUACUUCGAGUGAUUGUGCAUUCUGCAAAGAGUUUGUGAUUUUGCUUGAACAUUCAUAUGGACCAGAGUGAAAGUCUUAAAAAUGCUUUUAUAUUUAUAUUUUUCUUUCACUCCGUUAUGUAUAAAAAAAAAAGGGGGUUCUCAAUAAACUUAUUUACUUGCAACACG